UCAAUCCACGCAUCGGAGCUUAGAAGCUAGGCCGGCGCCAUGGGAGAAGCUGCAGCUGUUGUCGCCGCCUCGCGCGACGGCUUCUUCGGCCUGGGCGAGUGCAAGGGCCAGGUGGAGAUCGACGGCGAGCAGGUGCCACUGGUCCUGACGCCGGGCAGCGAGGAGGUGAGCGGCCACGACCACAAGGCGCUGGUGGCGGCCCUGGUGGCCAACCGGGAGUGGGUGGAGGAGAAGGUGGUGGCCAACAGCGGCGUGCUGCUGCGCGGCUUCGGCGUGCGCGACGCCGUGGAGUUCGACGCCAUCGUGGACGCGCUCGGGUGGCCGGACAUCCGGUACGUCGGCCCCGCCCCGCGCACCCACGUCCACGGCCGCAUCUGGACCGCCAACGAGGGCCCCCUCGAGGAGUUCAUCUACUACCACCACGAGAUGGUCCUCAUCAAGGAGUUCCCGGGGAAGGUGAUCCUGUUCUGCGAGGUGCCACCGCCGGAGGGCGGGGAGACGCCGUUCGUGCCGAGCUUCCGGGUGACGGAGCGCGCGCUGCAGGAGUUCCCGGACAUGGUGGAGGAGCUGGACGCCAAGGGGCUCCGCUACACCUUCACCGCGCUGAGCAAGGACGACACCAAGUCCAUGCGGGGGCGAGGGUGGGAGGACGCCUUCGCCACCACCGACAAGGCCGUGGCGGAGCAGAGAGCCCGCGCGCUGGGGAUGGACGUGGAGUGGCUGCCGGAGGAAGGCGGCGUGAGGACCAUUCUCGGGCCGAGGCAGCUGACGCGGGUGUUCCCGGGCCGGAAGGGCCGCCGGAUGUGGUUCAACACGGUGGUGGGGAUGCACGGCAAGGAGCUCAGCUCCGCCACGUUCGCCGACGGCUCCGAGAUACCGGCGGACUUCGUGCGCCGGUGCGGCGAGAUCAUCGAGGAGGAGAGCAUCCAGUUCCGGUGGGAGAAGGGCGACGUGCUCAUCCUCGACAACCUCGCAACGCUCCACGGCCGCCGGCCGUCGCUGGCGCCCAGGAGGGUCCUCGUCGCCACAUGCAAGUGAUCUCAUUUCAUGCAUCACCCACCUUAACUAAUUGGUUAGUUAAUUAAGCUUGAGGGUGGACCUAGCUUGAUUAACUAAUUAAUCUUAGUUGGUGCUGGGGAUGCUGCAUUUGGUUCUUCUAGUAUAAUAAGCUGUCUUCAGUUACUACGGUAAAAAUGGCUUUGUGCAUUGUGAUGCAGAGGCUGGGUACUCCCUUUUCCAAAAAAAAAGUUACUACGGCAAAAUAAGAGCUGAAGGUUUGAUCAAGUCAGUCGGCUUGAUACUUAUUACAGCCAAAGAGGGGUGCGGUAGUCUCUCCCCUAAUUAGCAGUUUUGCAUCCAUCAUCAUGCUGGGUG